AUGCCGAAAUCAGUCGGAGCUCUGCUCGCCCAGGAAUUUGACGAAUUUGAACGUCCCGUGUACUACAUAAGCAGAGUCAUCCAAGGGGCUGAGAUCCGAUAUUCCCCCAUUGAACGGCACUGCCUCGCCCUAGUGUUUGCCGCUAAAAAGCUCCGCCAUUACCUUCUUUCUUACCCCAUCCAUCUCAUGACCAGAAGCGAUCCUAUCCGAUUUCUCCUCACUAGACCAGCGCUCUCUGGCAGGCCAGCCUGUUGGCUCCUAUCUUUAGCGGAAUAUGACAUCACUUGCAAAGCUCCCAAGGCCAUCAAAAGUCAAGCGCUCGCUGACCUCUUAGCUCACUUCCCCAGUGGAAAACAUGAGCCGCCCUCGGAUGAAUUGCCAGGAGAUGAGUUCCAAGUGGCUGAAGUAAACACUGAAGGAGAAUGGAGUUUGAGUUUCGAUGGAUCGUCCACCUCUAAAGGGGGAGGAGCUGGAAUAAUCCUUGUUUCCCCAAAUCAAACUGAAGUCAAUUUGUCAUAUAAACUGGAUUUUAAAUGCUCUAACAACGAGACGGAAUACGAAGCCCUGAUAUUGGGGCUCAUGGCAGCACUCCACCUAGGACUAAGUCUCCUAUGUAUCAAAGGCGACUCUAAUCUGGUGGUCAAGCAGACCAAUGGAGACUAUGCUAUUAAAGAGCCCCCUUUGGCUUCGUACAGAACCAUCGUCCAAAGGUUGACAGACAAAUUCGACACGGUAAGGAUAGAACACGCUCCUCGCUCCAACAAUCGACACCCAGACGCCCUCGCCACUUGGCCUCUAAGGUGGAAUUCUUAG